AUCCUGGUAAUCCGUCUGGCCCUGGCACUGGACCUGGGCUCCCUCAACAUGCAGCGGGGACGUGACCAUGGCCUGUCUGGCUACAAUGCUUGGCGUGCAUUUUGUGGACUCUCAACGCCUAGGAACCAGGAUGAGCUGGCUGUUCUGAACAACGAAGACCUGGCCAGCAGACUACUGAAUCUCUACGGCACCACAGCUAACAUUAACGUGUGGAUGGGGGGCGUGGCUGAACCCUUUGUGUGAGGAGGCCAUGUCGGGCCUCUCUUCGCCUGCCUCAUAGCCACACAGUUCCAGAGGAUCCGCCAGGGAGACAGGCUGUGGUAUGAAAACACAGGUGUCUUUACCUCAGCACAGAGGGCUGCCCUGAGUCGUGUCUCUUUGGCUCGGAUCAUCUGUGACAACACUGGCAUAACAGUCGUGUCCAAUGACCAAUUCAUCCAAGAUCCCCUGAUGUGA